GCCUGGAAUGCUACCAACUCGUGAGUUGUGAAUUGAAGUCGUAACUUACGCGUUAAAAACUGUGUCUGGAACGCAGCAUUAGGUAGGAACCAACGUGCACAUAUUUUAUCCUACCGGACGGGACUCAGUUGCGCACAUGUUCGCCGUUUCCUUGGUAACAACCAUUUACCAUAGCUACACGUUAGCGAUUUAUUUAAACAACAUGGACAUCCAGGAACGAAAUGUGCGAGGCUGUGGAGACAACAUCGUAGAAAUGGUUGACAUGGAAGAAGAAAACUUCGCUAUUUCAAGUUCCUCCGCAGCAGACGCAGCUUUUGAUGCGGUUAUUGGCUGCAUAGAGGACAUCAUCAUGGAGGAGGAGUUCCAGCAGCUUCAGCAGAGCUUCAUGGAGAAACACUACCUGGAGUUUGAGGAUUCUGAUGAGAACAAGCUCAGUUACACGCUUAUCUUCAAUGAGUAUGUUGACCUUCUGGAGAAACACCUGGAGCAGCAGCUGGUGGAGAGGAUCCCCGCCUUCAACAUGAACACUUUCACAGAGCUGCUAAUGCAACACAAAGAGGAAGUGCCAGAUGACAUCUUUGACAUGCUGCUGACGUUCACUGACUUCAUGGCCUUUAAGGAAAUGUUCCUGGAAUACAGAGCUGAGAAGGAGGGCCGAGGUCUGGACCUAAGUCAAGGACUGGUGGUCACAUCUCUGAUCCCUGCAGGCUCCAAACACGUUGGCUCCACUCAAUCCCAGUGACACUCACACUCAAAAGUCAAACAUUUAUAUAACAUUUUGUCCACUGGCCUUCACAAAGUUGUGAGCUUUUUUUUUUGUGGUACUCUAAUGGUGAGCUGCUGGAUACACUCCCCAUAAAUCUACAGUUUGUGCACAAAUGACCCCUAACGGCAAAUUCAUAAAUGCAUUCCUCUGUGUUUUAUGUGGCAGGUGGGGUGGUAUGGGUGUUUAAGAGGCUCUUUGUAGAUGAAGAGUGAAGAUGAAAGCUUUUAGCUUCUUUCUGCUCCCUAAGCACUGCACUGGAAAUAAUGACUACUUGAAAUAUUCAAAUUAGUUUAACUGUAAUCUGCAGGUGAGAGGCCUAAUCCUGAUGUUACAUAUACUCUUAUUUCCGUAUAUUUCAUCAGGAGUUUGCAUUUAUUAGUUCUGCCUGAUUGGGGAGAAGGAACCCAGUACUGUGGUGCUGGUACUAGAUUUGUCUGUGUUUUUCAGGUCAUCCUACUCGUUCUUCUGCUAAUGGCAUCACCAAAUCUCCUUGUAAGCAGGGGAAACCGUUUGAUAUGAUUGAAUGUUUGGCUCUGCUCUCUUUGGCUGUGGGGAGGAGCAAGUGGCAGCUGUGGUACAAAGUUUCGGCUGUGCGUACCUGUCACAACCUGAUACUGGGCCAGGGGAUGAACGUGAGUUUUUGCUGGGCGCCGAACAGGAUCAUGAAGAAGAGGAUUGUGGUGAGGAUCCACAGAGUGACGGCCACAAACAUCACCCAGCCAUACACUGGCAGCAAAGUGUAGGGGGCACCGGCUAUCAACGCCCACUGGAGCAGCCCCAGAAGCUAGGGAGGCGAGAGAGAGAAAACGAGAUAGACCAACCAAGAAGAAGAGAGAGAUGAAGUGAGACAGCAACUUAAACAGGCUGAAAUUAAAAACAUAAACUGUUAGUAUAUGAAAAGUAGACACUUUUUAAAUUGAAUAUGUAAUUAUUAAUUGACCACGUUGGGGAGAACUUUUAGCCUCUACCUCACACAAUUGUAUGCCAAUGCAACUGUAAAGGGAUGGGUUAAUAUUUUAUUAAAUAUUUUAUUAAAUGUUAACCCCCCCAAG